CCGGCUGAGUCAGAGUGGUUGGACGUUUAUCUCAUUCAAUCUCCAACCCGCAAGGACAGGUUGUUUUUCUCAACGUCUCAGCUUCAACCGCCACCAGCUAAACCUAGAAACCUACACUUCGCCUUAACGAUACGUCGCAACGGGCACCAUGACGUUCCGAGUGCUGUUGGCCAUCGCCCUUCUGUCAACGACGACUUCGGUAAUCUACGGGGCGCCUGUCCGCUCCGGCGGGGACCGGGCCGUGGAUAAGGGGGUGAUCCCCGGGGCGCCUGUCCCGUCUGGCGGGGACCGGGCCGUUGAGAGAGGGGGCUUUGACGACAUCCAGGACAUGACCAUGCAGGCUAUGGCCAUCAUACAUCAACUGACGCAACUGCAAAAAGAGAUCGAGGAGGCGUACGCGAAUGGCCACGGCUCCGGCUCCCCGUUAAUGGGGCAGCUGAAUGCACAAUAUCACCAGCUGCACGCCCAGGCUCAGUCAAUCCUCGACCAGGUGUACGGAUGAUAUCAUCAACAUCCUUCACGUUGACGCUCCAAAUAUGGAAAGCUACACCUGCCAAUCAACUUCUGCCAAACAACUUCUGCUCCCUGUGCACCAAUCACUGACGUUGACGUAUCUUCACAAAUCUCACGUUUUAAAUACACAGUAACAACGUUUCUAAAUGGCCAACCUACACUUACACUGUGUACCACUAAUAUCAUGGAUGAAGUACCAAAUUGUGACAUAUUCUAUUUCCAAACCUAAAGCUCGGAGCUUUAAGACCUAUGAAUAAAAUUACUUCUUUUAACACUA